AUGUUUCGUUCUAGUCCCGUAUCGGGAAGCAGGUACUUAUCUCAAGUCCGGCCCGAGCCGCGCGGCGGAAAGGACGGUGGCAGCGACAUCGACGAAGGCGACUUUGUCCACGACGAAGCUUCAUCGCUGCUUCGCUCGGACGCGAGACCGUUUCCUUCGUCCGUCGGUGCUGCUGGGGGCAUCUUCGGCGGGUCUUACGGCGGCGGGAGCGGGGGCGGGUUUAGGAAUGGGAAACGGAGACUAAGGACUCUGGCGGCGUGCGCGGCGCUGGUCGUGGCGGCGCUGGUGCUGGCGGCGUGCGCGGUGGUCGAUGUGGCGGACGCGUGGCUGGGACUCGGAGGGACGCGACGGGCGGCUGGAUUGGAGCGAUGCGUGCCACAGGACAUCCCAGUGCCAUCACUCUCCGAGAUGACAGUGGAGGAGAAGGUGGGGCAGAUGAUGCAGAUAGACGAGCGGGCGCUGGGAUACGGAGACAACAUUACAGUGUACCAUAUCGGAUCAGUCCUUAGUGGGGGAGGUGCAUGGCCGCAGUACGCCCCCAACACCCCCACAGCAUGGGCGGACAUGGUCGAUAAUUUUCAAGCGAAAGCUCUCAACACGCGGCUGCGAGUGCCACUGCUGUACGGAGUAGAUGCAGUGCAUGGGCACAACAACGUGUUGGGGGCGGCUAUUUUCCCCCACCACGUGGGGCUGGGGGCGGCUGGGGAUGCCACGCUUGUAGAGGCCAUUGCUGCUGCUGUGGCCAAGGAAGUGGCAGCAACGGGAGUGCGGUGGACCUUUGCCCCAGCAGUCACUGUGUGCCUCGACCCUCGCUGGGGCCGCUGCUAUGAGAGCUACGGAGUGAACCCAGGGCUUGUAACAGAGCUUGCUAUAGCGGAGAUACGUGGAUGGAUGAAAGUGCCUCCCGAGGCGGGGAACUUUCCAGGAAACGUCUUCAUGGCGCCAACAGCAAAGCACUAUGUGGGGGACGGGGGCACGAGGGGAGGCGUGGACCGGGGGGAGACGGUUGGGGGGGAGGCGGAGCUGAGGAAGGUGCAUCUGCUGCCGUAUGUGGCGGCUGUAGCGGAGGGUGUGUCCACGAUCAUGGCCAGCUACAGCAGUUGGAACGGCACCAAGAUGCAUGGCAAUGGCUAUCUCCUAACAGACGUGCUUCGCAAGGAGCUGGGCUUUACAGGCCUCAUGGUGUCUGACUGGGAGGCGCUCAAGGAACUUCCAGGAAGCUACGAGGACCAGGUUGCCCUCGGGGUUGCCCUCGGGGUCAACUCGGGUCUAGAUAUGAUCUUGGUUCCCAACGAUUUCGUCGAUUUCUAA